AUGAAUCUAGAGGAGUAUCGCGAGCAUGGAAAGGAAAUGGUGGAUUAUAUCGCCGAUUACCUGGAGAACAUACGAUCCCGACGCGUUUAUCCAGCAGUUUCACCGGGUUACCUAAGGAACGUCCUGCCAUCGUCGGCGCCAGUGGACGGCGAACCAUGGGAGAACAUAUUCGCCGACAUCGAAAAAUGUAUCAUGCCGGGUGUCACGCACUGGCAGAGUCCGCACAUGCACGCUUAUUUUCCCGCCUUAAAUUCGCCCGCCAGCUUAUUGGCAGACAUGCUAGCCGACGCGAUAAAUUGUCUUGGAUUCACUUGGGCAUCGAGUCCCGCGUGCACGGAACUGGAGACUAUCGUAAUGAACUGGCUGGGGAAAAUGAUUGGCCUGCCAGAGGAAUUCCUGCAUCGUCCAGGAGGAUCCGGUGGCGGUGGCGUGAUACAGACUACCGCGUCGGAAGCCACCCUCGUCUGCUUGCUAGCCGCAAGAACACGAGCCAUUAGGGACGUGCAACAAAAUGAGCCGGACCGUUUACCAGCCGAGAUUAAUUCGCGUCUUGUCGGGUACUGCUCCGACCAAGCUCAUUCCAGUGUAGAAAAAGCUGGAUUGAUAGGUUUGGUGCGAAUGAGGUACAUCGAAUCCGACGAUGAACUCAGUAUGAGGGGAGAGGGGUUACUCGAAGCAAUAAUUCGUGACAGAGCCGAUGGUCUACUCCCAUUUUUUGUUUGCGCUACUUUGGGCACGACCGGUGCGUGUGCUUUCGACAACCUCAAAGAAGUUGGCCAAGUCUGUGUCGAAAAUGGACUCUGGCUGCACGUGGAUGCAGCGUAUGCAGGUAGUGCAUUCGUCUGCCCCGAAUUCCGUGGCUGGCUUCAAGGAAUAGAAUACGCCGAUUCGAUUGCAUUUAAUCCCAGCAAAUGGCUGAUGGUGCACUUCGAUUGCACCGCGAUGUGGGUGAAAAGCAGCCAGGCGCUUCACAGGACAUUCAACGUGGAUCCGUUAUAUUUGAAGCAUGAAAAUUCAGGGCUUGCUAUCGAUUAUAUGCACUGGCAAAUCCCGUUGUCGAAGCGAUUCAGGGCCUUGAAAUUGUGGUUCGUCAUUAGAAAUUACGGAAUCACCGGCCUUCAGAAACAUAUCCGCGAGGGCGUCAGGUUGGCACAAAAGUUCGAGGCACUGGUGUUAGCGGACGCGCGGUUCGAAAUUCCCGCGGCGCGACACUUGGGCCUUGUCGUCUUCCGGCUUCGCGGUGAAAAUAAUCUAACGGAACGUUUGUUAAAGAAAAUGAACACGAGAGGCCGUGUUCACUGUGUACCAGCAGCUUUACACGGGAAAUACGUGAUUAGGUUCACCGUCACCUCCACCAACACGACCAACGAGGACAUUUUGAGAGACUGGGCGGAAAUACGGAACACAGCGAACGAGAUCCUAGGAGACACCUCGAGUUCUCCAGUACGAGCAAGAGUUCCACUAGCAGACACGAGAGAGAAGAACGAGAAUUUCGGCUCGAGUUUGCUAUUGGCCAAUUCACCGAUGUCCCCGAAAAUCGUGAACGGCAGCUUCGCCGCCAUUUACGACACGGCGGACGUUUUCGAUGAGUGCACGAAAGCUUUCGGCCAAUUACGACUCGAGGCUAGAGACAGUCCAGCUAUGCGGCGUCGAAUUCGAGGAAUACUAAUGUCAGGAAAACAAUUCUCUUUAGAUUCACGUAUGGACCUUGUACAGGGAUACGCUUGCUGUCGUCCAGCGAUCGAAAAGUCCUCCGAGUUGCCGCUGAAGGAGGACGAGGACACUUCCGGUACCGGUGAAACAGCAUCGGAAGCGAACCAAUCCACUAAUGGCAAGCAACACCACUAAAAUAUCAAAUAGUCUACACGUAUCUUCUUCCGCGUAUUAAAUCCGUAUCUGUACAAAACAAGUUCAAAGUUCCAAAAAAAAAAAAAAAAAAAAAAAAAAGAUAUGCAAUUUGACCGACAAUUAACGAGAUUACAUUUUAAACGUACCCGUUUUGCACCGUCAGAUGCCUCCGGCGAAAGUUCGACAACGGGCCGACAGAAUUCGCCG